GCGGGCAUUCUCAUUCUCAAACCUCCUUCACGACAAAAAGUGUCUCUCAGUCCACCGUUGAACAAAUCACACUAAACGCUCGUCCCAUCGACCCUCUGCGAUGCCCCACGCAGUCACCAUCGCCACGCCCGGCCUGCAGGCCCUGAUUCUGUGCGGGCCGGGCAGCUCAUUUCCGACCUUCACAGCCAAUCCCGAUGAGAACCCCAAGGCCCUUCUCCCCAUCGCCAACCGGCCCAUGGUCUGGUACCCGCUCGAGUUCUGCUACCGAGCCGGAAUUACAAAUAGAGAGAUCGCGGUUUUUGUGGCUUCAGGCCUUCAGGGGUUUCACAUUCCCGCCCCUGAAAAUACCCAAGCCUCCUCAUUAGACCAGAAUUCCACAACCUGCGGCUGCGGGGUGUUCUACUAUACUUUGUCAUGUCAAAAUAAUCAGGAGACCAAAACUAACGACCAACCUGCAGAUAUCACGCUUGUCUGCCCGCCCUCAGCCGCAGCCGCCAUCAGCACGGCGCUCAACACGAACCCGUUCCUGACGGGCCUGCCCUACCCGCGGCCGGACCUCCUGGCACCCAAGGACCUAGACCAGAACACAGGCACGGCCGAGAUCCUCCGCCUGCCCGAGCUGCAAGCCGCCGUCACCUCGGACUUCCUGGUGCUCCCUUGCGACCUGGUGUGCGAGUUGGGCGCCGACAAGCUGCUGCAGGCGUGGAUGGUCAAGUCGGCCAGCCUGGGCGACCUGCUUGGUGUUGGGGGCAGCAACAGCAACAACGCGAACGCGACGCGAUCGGGAAAUGGUGAUGCGACUACUACUACUGCUGCCGCGCCUGCGCCCCGCAGCGGCGGCCUGGGCGUGUGGUACCAGACCAAAACAGCCACGCCCGUCAAGGGCGAGGAGACCGACUUCAUCGCCACGGUGCCGCUGCCCGCCUCUUCAGUCCUGCCCGCCAAGGGGUCGCUGUUCCCCCACAUGUCCAAGCUGGUCUACUCGAUGCCGACAGACUCGCUCAAGGACUUAGUAGAGGACAGGAAGGGGUUCCCCGUCCGCCACGGGCUGUUACGGCGGCAUCCCCGCAUCCGAAUGCUUAGCACGCACCGGGAUGCCCACAUAUACAUCUUCCCGCACUGGGUCAUGCAGUUCAUCAAAGAGAACGAGCGUCUGGAGACCAUUGGCGAGGAUGUAGUGGGGUGGUGGGUCAAGGCCGGAUGGCAGAAGGGCCUCUCCACCAAGCUGGGUCUGGACAAAAUCCUCCGGGGGCAAGGUUAUGGCGAUAGCGAUAAUAGCAACGACCGCAACAGCAACGGGGAAGAGAAGCAGCAUGCAAGCAUCAGGGGCGGUGGCGGCAACAGCAGCCGGACGCUCGGCGUUGACUCGACCACAAUCAGCGCCCCGACUUCGGUAGCGCCAGUGUCGCGGGUCGACAGCCAGGGCAGCAACAACAGCAGCUCCUCCUCCUCUCCACCUUCCAAAACGGAAGCAGCAACAAUAACAGCAGCAGACCGAAACGAACCCGAAACAGCAGACAGCGAUGAAACCUUAGUCCCGCCCAUGGUGGCCUACAUCCAUCCCUCGCAGGAGGAGUCGGCGCCCCUGAUCCGGCGGGUGGACACCGCCCAGCUGCUCCUGCAAACCUCCCUACAGCUCGCCAAACUGCCCUCACUCGAAGAGACCGACACCCCCUCCCCCUUCGCGCACGCCCGCAAAGUGGCCUACCCGGAGGGCGUCAAGCCGCGGACGACCAUCAGCAGGCAGGACAGCCUGGUGGCCGAUAACGUGACUGUCGAGGAGAAGACAAGUAUUAAGGAGAGCUGCAUCGGGGCCAACUGCCAGAUCGGCGAGGGCGCCAAGCUGUCGCAGUGCCUGCUCAUGGACGGCGUCGUGGUGGGCAGGAACUGCAAGCUCACAAAGUGCAUCCUGGGCCGGCGCAGCCAGCUCGGCGAGGGAUGCGUCCUGACUGACUGCGAGGUGCAGGAGAACCUGCUGGUUGAGGCAAAGACCGAGGCGAAAGAGGAGAAGUUCAUGUCUUCAUCCGGCCUAGAGGCGACCGAACAGGAGCUAGACGCCUUUGCAGACGACGGCAGGAUAGACAGUGAGGGGGGGGAUGAUGAGGUUGAGGCUGCAUAGGGCUAGAUGGCGGUCACGGUUUCUGUCCCCAUCUGGAUAAUUCCGCAGGCAUAGGCUUCUCUCUCCCCUCUCGCGGCGUUGCAUAGUAACCUAUGGCUCAGCGGUGUGGCUACCUCCACGAUCGGUUGCGGACGGGCCAUGUUGUCCGACCUUCAGCGGGAUGUCCCCCAAUUUCAUAUCUGGAUAACGGACGCCGCCUCGUUGCCACACCCGGAUUGGCGGCUUGCGUUGUUCAGAAAGCCAUCAAGAGCU